AUGUGGGAGGAGUUUUACUCAUCUAAUCAACUGACAGUGCACCAGAGAACACACACAGGAGAGAAACCUUAUGGCUGUGAUCAAUGUGGGAAGAGUUUUACUAGAUCUAGCUAUCUAACUAUACACCAUAGAACACACACAGGAGAGAAACCUUAUAGCUGUGAUCAAUGUGGGAAGAGUUUUACUAGAUCUAGCUAUCUAACUGUACACCAGCGAGUACACACAGGAGAGAAAUCUUAUACAUGUGAUCAAUUUGGGAAGAGUUUUACUCAGUCAAGCUCCCUGAAAUCCCACCAUAGAACACACACAGGAGAGAAACCAUAUAGCUGUGAUCACUGUAGGAAGAGUUUUACUGCAUCUGGUAAUCUAACUACACACCAGAGAACACACACAGGAGAGAAACCUUAUAGCUGUGAUCAAUGUGGCAAGAGUUUUACUGCAUCUAGCGAUCUAACUAGACACCAGAGAAUACACACAGGAGAUAGACCUUAUGGCUGUGAUCAAUGUGGCAAGAGUUUUAUUCAGCUACAAACCCUGAAAUCACACCGGAGAACUCACACAGGAGAGAAACCUUAUAGCUGUGGUCAAUGUGGGAAGAGUUUUACUUCAUCUAGCUAUCUGACUACACACCAGAGAACACACACAGGAGAUAAACCUCAUAGCUGUGAUCAAUGUGGGAAGAGUUUUAAUGAUUCUAGUCAACUGAUUAGGCACCAGAGAACACACACAGGAGAGAAACCUUACAGCUGUGAUCAGUGUGGGAAGAGUUUUACUGAUUCUAGUCAACUGAUUAGGCACCAGAGAACACACACAGGAGAGAAAUCUUAUAGCUGUGAUCAAUGUGACAAGAGAUACUCUGAUAAAAGGUGUCUGAUCAAACAUCAGAAAAUGCAUACAUGAAGAAGUUGUUUCAUGAUAUCAAUGAAAUGAUGUCACAAUGUAGAAUGUUUUAACAUUGUAGAAGGAGUAUUUUAAUGAUGUCACAAUGUAGAACCCUAAGCGUUUGUUCAAUUGAUUUUAGGGAAAAAGAGGAAAAAUCCAGGCUCUGAAUUGAAAGAGUAUUAUUUAUGUGAUUUAUCAAAAAGUGACUAACAUAAAAGAGCUGUGUUACACUUACCAUGUUGGUGACCCACUUGAAUCAAAAUGCAACACUUCAAACUAUUUCUGCAUAUUGGUUAUUGAUUUGGACACGUUAAAACUGUGUUUUGACAUUGCACUAUUCCCAUUUAUCAAAAUCUCAUUCAAAAGACGUUGAAAAUAAGACUAUGCCUGACGUCCAAUAUAUGUUCUGUCCAGUAUAUGUUCCGUUGUAGUUGAAAGUGAAAGUUGAAAAGAUGUAUUUUCGGGUCGAUUUUUUUCCAAUGACUUAAACUGCUUAAUUUCAACGUACUUGCAGCCGAUACACCUAUAAUCAAUUUUAUUAACAAUCUGACAUCACUCCAGAAUACACCUAUAAUUUCAUAAUAGCAAUCAUAAUUAUU